UCUGGUUGUCCGCCUCUACAUUUCUACUGUGCGAGAAGCGACCUUCUGGGCCCAACAGGGCCUACAGACACAGCACACAGCGGGUACUUGUCAGUGCUCAGCGAAUGAUAUGAUGUAGACUCCCUUUUACCGCUACCAUACUAGUUUAAUUUCCUCUAUCGUCUCCACUUAUGAUUUUACUGGUUGAUUGGACCUAUCAAAUCUCUCUGGCUAUUUCCUCCGUAUUCCGCUUUGCUACGGUUGAUCAAGAUGUCGUCACAAGAGAGCCUAAGCCCUGCGGUUUCUUCUAACGUCUUCGAAACUUUCGCUCAGGCCAAACAAACUCUGGAGAAAAAGAUUGCUCGAUACCAACCACUUGACCAGAACGAUGAUACUGCACACUUCUUGCAAACUUUUUUCAAGUAUCUCCCGGCAGAUGGACAAGUUAACCUAGCUGAGGACGUGUACCAGCGCGUCGAUGAUGAAGAACUUCGGCAGCUGGCUGAGAGCCUCGAGAGCGGCUUGCUGCGGCCCAUGUUAGCUCAUGGGGGCACUACACCCGCCAUAACUCCGUCCCCACGCCUUGGCGUUGAAGACUCUAUUGACAAUCUGCUCUCCCAAGAUAUCCAUUCCGUUCGAAGAGUCGAUGAACAACAACUACGCGAUCACUGUCUGAAAAGGGAUGGAUAUCGGUGUUGUGUAUCAAAACUUUGGAGCUGGAAUUACCACCAACGCCCCUCUAGCUCAGCCGCACUUCUGCAAGCUGUGCAUAUUAUUCCGUUUGCCUUAGGCGAAUUUCGAGAAGACGACAGAGAUAAACGAUAUAGACAUGCAACGCUUUGGGUCAACCUCUACCGAUACUUUCCUGGCCUUCGCUCCCGUAUGAACUUCUUUUCUGAGGAUGUCAACCGAGAAGACAAUGUCUUCAUGAUGGUUGACUCUCUUCAUAGCCAGUUUGGGGGAUUUCACUUUGUCUUCGAAUCGACUCAAAUCUCAAAUCGAUAUAACCUUAAGGUAUUUCCAACAUUUGCCGGGGGGUAUGAAGGGUUUCUUCCUCGCGACCGGUUUGUUACAUUCACAAGCCAUGAUGGACGAUUUCCCUUGCCUGAUCCCUCUCUCCUGGCCAUCCAUGCGGCCAUCGGCAAUAUCUUACAUUUAACCGGUCGUGGUGAGAAGAUCGAACUAAUCAGGCGAGAUCUGGGCCGGAUGAGUGGGGGAUUAGCUAGGGAUGGCAGCACCAGGAUCGGGGACCUUCUCUCCGUGAGCAGGCUGUCAUUACUGGCCUCCGCUGCGAAUGAACGGCCAGUCCUAGAGGAACCCAAGGUCAAGCAGCGACCUACUUCGCCUAUGCUCGAAGGAGCUGAAAACCAAAGGCCGACAGCAGGCUAAUGUCUAACUUGAGUCUCUAGAUGUCACCGCGUUAUAGAGGGCUAUUUUGCUGGCAGGUAUUCAUACUAAGUGACUACGGGGAAUAUUAUAAAUGACUGGGAGAUUAACCCGUUUGCGAGAUCCAGUGACGGUCCUCUAGAGGUACAAGGUGGGUCAAAAGUCUGAUUACACUAGCGCGUUCCCGCGACGCGUCGAAAGAGCUCACCUUUUUCAACCACCUUCUAUUACAUCAAAAGGAGGGCUUUUGGGACGGAGAUAAGUGGAAAUCGAAGGCCUAAUGCAGAGCUUUCUCCUGAGACUCGAGCAGCCAUUUUAUCUGCUCUAGAAAACAAGGCAUCUCCAACUCAAUUGGCUAAGCAAUUUGGUGUCAGUCGCAAUACAAUCUAUUCAACAAAAAAGCGCUUUCUACGCAAU